UGUUACAUCUGCAAUCCAUGUCCUGAAGAUCCACACGGUUGAUAUGAUGGGACCACCAUGUAUGGACUAUAAAUCCUAGCCAUCCAAUCUUUGAUAUUUCCUAAAAUGAAUAUGGACACUAAUACGUUCCUUUACUUAGCAUCUAUUUGUAGGUCAUCAGGUUAGUCUUGUCCAUCUGAGCUGGGGCCGCAUCAUAUCAACGGUCCAGAUAACUGGACCAUGCUCCAACAUGCGCACGCUGGGGCUGGAGGAUACAUACGUAUCCUCGGGCGGAAGGGUCAAUAUAAUUCCUCGAACAGCAAUAACAAGUUGGAAGAAUUAGAAGAGAAAGAGAUCAUGGAACUAGUUUUCAAGAUCUUCUUCUCCUUGUUUUUGGUGGGCCUUUGUAGCUUACCUGCCUACUUGUACUGUAUCUUAUGGAUGUUCCCUGGAAAGAAUCGAGAGAUCUUACGAAAGCAAGGGAUCAAAGGCCCACCACCUUCUCUUCUCAAUGGGAAUAUCUCGGAGAUGAAAUGUAUGGGAUCAAUGGAGAAAAAGCCCGGGGAGGACAGCAGAGAUGUGUCGCACAACUACGCUUUGACGCUCUUCCCUUACUUCGAACGGUGGAGAAAAGAUUACGGCCCGAUAUUCAUGUACUCGCUGCGAAACGUUUUGAUACUGCAUGUGACCGACCCGGAUCUGAUAAAUGAGAUUGGGCGAUCCACAUCUCUGGAUUUAGGAAAGCCUUCAUAUCUACAAAAGGAUCAGAAGCCUUUGUUUGGCCAAGGCAUUUUAAGGUCAAAUGGGCCAUCUUGGGCCCACCAAAGGAAAAUCAUCGCGCCAGAAUUCUUCAUGGACAAAGUAAUGGUAGGGCUUAUGGUGGAAUCUGCAAUUCCAUUAUUGAGAUCAUGGGAGCAUAAAAUUGAGACAAAUGGUGGCAUUGGAGAGAUAAGAGUUGAUGAGGAUUUAAGGAACUUCUCAGCUGAUGUAAUCUCAAGAGCUUGUUUUGGGAGCUCUUAUUCAAAAGGGAAAGAAAUAUUUUUAAGGCUCAGGGUCCUUCAACAUGCAAUGGAUAAGCCUGGUUUAUUUACUGGGAUCCCAUGUUUAAGAUAUCUUCCAACUAAGAACAAUAGACACAUUUGGAGGUUGGACAAAGAAAUUCAGUCAUUGAUAUUGGAUCUAGUUAAGGAGCACAAAGAAGAAUACACGACUACAUCUGAUAAAGAUUUAUUACAUGCUAUCCUUGAGGCAUCCACCGUUGAUCAUGGUGGGCCUGAUGCAGCUACCCGCUUUGUCGUAGACAACUGCAAGAACAUCUAUGUUGCUGGGCAUGAGACCACCGCGGUCACUGCCACGUGGUGCUUAAUGCUCCUUGCCUUGAAUCCUGAUUGGCAAGCUCGUGCGCGCGUUGAAGUGAUGGACAUUUGUGGUGCCCACACGCCGGAUGCAGAUAUGACCCGUAGGAUGAAAACGUUGACAAUGGUGAUCCAAGAGACGUUGCGCCUUUACCCUCCAUCUACAUUUGUAGCAAGAGAGGCCUUGCAAGACAUGAAGUUCGGCGAUAUCCACAUUCCUAAGGGCAUCAACCUAUGGAUAUGCAUACCAAAAUUGCAUCAGGACAUCGAUAUAUGGGGCCCGGAUGCCUCGGUAUUUAAUCCAAACAGGUUCGCAAGUGGAAUCUUUGGUGCAUGUAAGCUCCCGAAUGUGUACAUUCCAUUCGGGCUCGGGCCUCGCACGUGUCUGGGCCAGAACUUUGCCAUGAUGGAAUUGAAGGUUCUCCUCUCUCUGAUCUUGUCCAAGUUCUCUUUCUCCCUCUCUCCAAAAUAUUGCCAUUCACCUACAUAUAGAAUGGUUGUAGAGCCUGAACAUGGAUUGUAUCUUACUAUAAAGAGAGUUUGAUUGUAAUACUCCUAGUUGUAAUUGGUCACUUGAAUAGUCAAAUCAAUCGAUCUGAACUGUCCAUAAUGUUCAACAUACAAUUCAUGGGUUGUUUUUGUGUAAUGAUCUUGAUUGUCAAUUUUUAAGGCCAUUGAUCAAAUGGUUAGUGUUUGUAAGA